GUUCUUCAAUGUAGAUAUUGUCUCCUUGAUUGUGUACACAUGGUCAACAAAAUCCUAUUUUUAAAAGCCUAUUUUCCUCAUUCCUGAAACCUCCUAACCUGGUUGACUUGUUGGAGUGCAUUUCAUGCAUUCUUAGUAACAAGCUGAAGGAAACGCCUAGUUCAGUCACAGCUAGAGGGGUAGAAAGCAGCUAGGGAGUUCAUGCACACUCCCUGCAUUCUCCUGCAAAGCACACACGUCCAUGCUGGGAAAGGAUCACAGACGCCACUGCAUACCACAGCAUGACUGUUCAGAGUGUGGAUAGUCUCCCAGUGUGGCUCAAUUGAAGGCAGUAAAAUAAGGUAAGAGAAUCCUGUUGUGGUAUCAAUACUUUUACAUUGGAAAAGGGUGAGACUUUUUCACUGAGCUGUUUGUAUGCUGCUUGGAAAAACAGUGAGAAAAUUUUUUUUUUCCAGGCAGUUCUGGAUCUCUGGGCAGCAGGGAACAGAGGACAAUUGCUCCAUGAGACACUCUGUUUGAGAACUAGCCCAGAGCCUUGUCAUCUGCAGCAACUCUGACCAUUUGGAUUCCCAGGGACUUGCUAGCUACACACCUUGGCUCUCAAAGAGCAAAUGAACUUUAUACGACCAGAAGGCACUGCUAGUUACUGAAGAUGGAAGCAGAAAGGAAAAACUCUCCAACACUGAGUAAAAGCAAACAGCCUGUGAAAACAGAAUGGGGGUCUCAGAGUGUUGUAUUUACUUACUUUCAAGGGGACCUUAACAGUGUGAUAGAUGAACACUUUUCUAGAGCGUUAAGCAAUGCCAAGAACCCACAAGAUCUGAGCACAAAGCACAAGAGUGAGGAUGUUACCCUGAAGAAUGAUAGCCACAUGUCUCCCCAUCAGUGGAAUUUCUCUUCUCAUUGGACCAAGUCAUAUCAAUCAUCUCCUGCUACAAACACAUCAAAUUCUGAUCUGAAUUUGUCGGCUGCUGCUACAGACCACCAUCAGGCAUCAGUUUUGCGGAAUCCUCCUAUUCAGCCUGCAGAUUUGUGGCACUUCCCUUCGAUAGCUAAUCCAAGUCUUACUGAUUCAGGAUAUCCUCGCUCCUUGCCUGACCCUCAGAUGGUGCAGGGACCAAUGUCUGAUGGGAAAUAUGGUUCUCUUCUUGAUUUUCUGCAACAGGAAAGGUGCCCAGCAUCUAGCCAGGAAUCUAUUGUGAAGCAAACCGCUAGCUCAGCCUGUAUUACUGGAUCAGCUAGGUUACAAAAUAUGAGUCAAAGUUUAACUCCUGGGGGAGAAAGGAAAGCCAGCUCCUAUCAAAACCCAGGAAACCCCAGCAUCACUCUUGCCAGUUCAGGUAUCCAGUCUCAGGAUAGAAGACGAGACUUAUACUUUUAG